GUGGGCGGCGAUAGGAUGGAUUACGGGCUCGUGCAGCUGUACGGACCAGGCCACGCGUCGCCGCCGCUGCAGAGGGCCCCACUUCGACCACAUCACACCGAGUGGUGUCACUUCUGCCCGCCCUCGCUAGAUGGCAACGGCGCUGCCAUGGCCCACGGCGGCGGCGGUCAGUCUACCCCUCCGUCGACGAGUGAGGAGCUGCCUUCUUUCGCCAGGACAGGCAACGGUUGGGUAGCGCCAGUGUGUUGCGUUGCUUGCCACAGCGGGCCAGUCACUUUCUGCCGCAAAAUGCCCAACAUCAAGGUAUUCAGCGGCUCGUCGCACUGCGAUCUCGCCCAGAAAGUGGUCGACAGGCUCGGCAUAGAACUCGGAAAGGUAGUUCUCAAGAAAUUCAGCAAUCAAGAGACGUGUGUAGAGGUAGGGGAGAGUGUCCGUGGUGAGGAUGUGUACAUCAUCCAGAGUGGAUGUGGGGAGGUGAAUGACAACCUCAUGGAGCUGCUGAUUAUGAUCAAUGCUUGCAAGAUUGCUUCUGCUUCCCGAGUCACUGCUGUCAUACCUUGCUUUCCAUAUGCAAGGCAGGACAAGAAGGAUAAGAGCAGAGCACCAAUUUCGGCCAAGCUCGUUGCCAACAUGCUGUCUGUUGCCGGUGCUGAUCACAUCAUCACAAUGGACCUUCAUGCCUCGCAAAUACAGGGAUUUUUUGACAUUCCGGUGGACAACUUGUAUGCUGAGCCUGCUGUUCUCAAGUGGGUUCGUGAGAACAUACCAGAGUGGCGCAACAGCAUCAUCGUCUCUCCCGACGCUGGAGGAGCCAAGAGGGUCACAGCCAUAGCGGAUCGUCUCAAUGUCGAGUUUGCUCUGAUCCACAAAGAGCGCAAAAAGGCCAAUGAGGUGGCCAGCAUGGUGCUGGUGGGAGAUGUCAAGGACCGAGUUGCCAUACUAGUCGAUGACAUGGCCGACACCUGCGGCACCAUUGUGCAUGCAGCUGACAAGUUGAUGGAAGCAGGUGCCAGCAAGGUGUAUGCCAUUCUUACUCAUGGCAUUUUUUCGGGGCCUGCUAUAUCUAGGAUCAAUGAUGCUUGCUUUGAAGCUGUGGUUGUUACGAACACCAUACCACAGGAUCAACACAUGAAAGAGUGCCCCAAGAUUCAGUGUAUCGACGUCUCCAUGAUCCUUGCUGAGGCGAUUCGUCGAACACACAACGGAGAGUCCGUGUCGUACCUGUUCAGUCAUGUGCCAAUGUAGCUGGAAGGGCACCCACCACCGCUGGUUUUUUGCUCCUUCCCCUCCCUUUUAGUGAUGGCUUUUUAAAUGCCACAUGAUGACUGCAACCAGUGUGGUGAAUUUCCUUCUGCAUUGCUAUCCUCGUUUUUUUUUGCGUGUUGCUGCAGAUGGUGAAAUUUUCUGUUCCAGUGGGAAUUGGCUUGUUCAAGGCUACUUUGGAAGGGCUAAUCCAAGCCAAUGCCAAGUGUGAUUUUUUUGUGCCUUUCUGGUUAGCCCACCUGUCAUGUGCCCUUCUCUCUUGCUUUGUUUUGUCUGUAGAGGCAGCAGUGUGUUUAUUUUAACAGGGUAUGUCCUAACAAAAAGUGAGUGCCAUGCACAGGAGUAAACCACGUGGAAUUAAUCUGACAUUAUUUUAUCCACACUGAGGUACGUAGUAGCCCAAGCCAUUCUUGCUGUCAAGCAACGGCUGCCGGAAAGGGUGAGGUAUGCAAGCUAAAUUGUGCGUUCUUGCUUCUACAGGAAGAGUUUUUAUACUGCUCAGUGAUCCCAGGCGUUUUGUUCUGUGAACUUUUAGUAGUACUUGUGCACAGCUUGCCUUAAUAAUUGACAAAGUACAGAGGUGGACUCGCUUGCAGAAAUGUCACUUUGUUUUGUGUCCUUCACACUUGAGCGUAAAUCAAAUAGUAUGUUCUUGUUGGCUGUGCACUGAGCAGCAUGUGUUCCAUAAUGUACAAUAUCAGUGCAAGAGGCUGCUGCUGUAGAGCUGUUGCUUUCACUGUGUGCCAUGCCUUUGCUUACUUUCCAGUUGACAGAUAUUUCAGCACUUUUCAGUGAAGCAAUACUGAAGAACUACCGUGGCAUUUCUUUAUGCUCUGUUAACACCGAAGGACCUGCCAAGUGAUGCAGAGACUGUUUGCUGCAGAUUGCAUUGUACAUUCGUGAUGCAUUCCAUUAUAGUCUAGAAAAGAAGUGCAUGCGCUAAGCAUCCUACUUGGGCAUUCUUUCAUGUUGUCUUCUCUUUGGCAUUAAACGAGAGUUUUAGCUAC